CCAGAGAAGUUGGGUGGUGCUGGGGAGGGGCUGUGAGUCAGGCUCAGGAAUCUGAACAAGGUGGGGUGGGGCUCCCCAGAAGUCCCUGGGCGGGCAGUUCCCACUGCUCCUCCCCACGGCCUGCCCCCUGCCCUCGGGCACUACCCAGGCCCCCGGCGGCCUCCCCACAGACCUCGUCUCACCACCAUGGAGUUCGACCUGACCGCAGCCCUGGACUCCAAGAAGCCCCACGGGACAGGCCAGGUGGGAGACCACAAACACAGCGCCCCCAAAGCUCAGGGCGCGUCGGCGGAUAAACCGAGGGGCCACGGCCACCGCAGCUCGGACUCCAGCAGCAGCAGCGGCAGCUCCAGCGACUCCGACCAUGACGGGAAGCCUCGCGCCGCCGCCCCGGGGCCGCACGGAAGCUCGCCGGGCAAGGCCGAGAAGCCCAAGGUGAAGAAGAAGAAGGAGAAGAAGGAGAAGAAGGAGAAGAAGGGGAAGGCGAAGAAGGAGGCUCCCCACUGACGGGCCUGGGCGGGUCUCAAUAAACCUCUCCUCGCUCGCC